AGCUGUGGCAGCUCCACGCUCACCCCCCCGUACUUAUCGGGCCGUCCCCGCAGCCCUGCCCAGCCGCCCACCGCCGCCCUCCGGCCCCGAGCCCCGCGCAGCGCCCGCAUCAGCCCCGCGCCCGGCCCCGCCAUGGCGCAGCGGGAAGCGGCCGCCCCCGGGGCGGUGCCGGCCUCUGGCUCCGGAAGGGCUGGGCUCCGGGCCGGCAUGGCCGCUGCCUCCCGCCGCAGGAGCAAGGGGCGGCCGGCCCCGGGUGGCGAUAAUGGGGAGGGAGGCGGCGGAGCCCCGCGGGCAGGGCCGCUGGUGCUCGGCGUGGCCGGGGCGGUGGAGGCAGGGGAAGACAAGGUGCCGAGGAUGCUGCGGGCGGGCCUGGCGCAGCUGUCGCUAAGCAGCAUGAAGUCGGCAGGGGCAUGCAUUGGCCGCCCCGUCCUGCUCAGCGCCGCCGACGGGAGGCAGGAGGUCUGCACUGCUUGGCCCACCACUGGCUUUCCAGGUGGGAAGGUUGGACUGAGCGAAACCACGCAGAAGAGCCUGAAGGUAAAGCUGGGUGAUGCCAUCACUGUGCAGCCUGUGACCGGGGCAGUCAUCCAGGCAGAAGAGGUUGAUGUGAAGUUGAGGGACAAAGAUGCCUGCAUUAAAGCUGAGGAAAUGUCUGUCUGUCUGCUGAGAAACCUAGAUGGAAAAGUAGUUUUACCAGGUAACCUCCUGGCUUUCUCUUUCUAUGGCAAACUUUGUAACAUCGUGGUGAUGAGGGUGAAAGGAACUGACGGUGCAGAGCUGACCGCCCUGGCCACCUCCAGCGAAACGCAGGAGCCAGACCUGGAGAAAUCUGACCUGGAGGCGAGCACGCUGGAUUUGUCCUUGCAGCUCAGCGGGCUGGAUCUGGAUGAUAACCCUGAGGCUGCAGCUGUGAGCACACCAAGCAAACAGAUGGACCCAGCCUCACCAGUUCCCCCCAGCUCUGCCCUGGCAGCUGUCGGGCACGGCUCUGCUGAGGGAGCCCCAACCUGCAGCCCUGGGCUCGGUGCAGACCUGCCCCAUGGCUCGCAGCCGGCCGGGGUGGAAGGCAGGGAGGGACUCCUGCUGCCCGGCAAGGCGGGAGCAGCAAGCAGCACAGACAGUUUUUAUUACAUUUCUUCGAGAACUAGAAUCCAGUUUGUUGAAACCAGGACCGGCGCAGCAGACGAUGGUGACUGUGAAUCCCGCGUUACCUAUGAUAUGAUAGGAGGUUUAAGCAGCCAGCUCAGAACUAUUAGAGAAACAGUUGAACUGCCCAUGAAGCAAGCUGAACUGUUCAAGAGUUACGGAAUCCCUCCUCCUAGAGGAGUGCUCUUGUAUGGCCCUCCAGGUACUGGGAAGACGAUGAUUGCCAAAGCCAUUGCAAAUGAGGUUGGAGCUCACGUAACUGUUAUUAACGGGCCUGAAAUAAUAAGCAAGUUUUAUGGAGAAUCUGAAGCAAGAUUACGUCAGAUAUUUGCCGAAGCUUCUCUACGUCGCCCCUCCAUUAUAUUUAUAGAUGAGUUGGAUGCACUCUGUCCAAAGAGAGAAGGGGCUCAGAAUGAAGUUGAAAAGAGAGUUGUUGCUUCCUUGCUGACAUUAAUGGAUGGCAUUGGCUCGGAGGGCAGCGAAGGGCAGCUUGUGGUACUUGGGGCCACCAAUCGUCCCCAUGCUCUGGAUGCGGCACUGCGCAGACCCGGCCGUUUUGAUAAAGAAAUAGAAAUUGGCAUUCCUAAUGCCCAGGACCGUCUGGACAUACUUCAAAAGAUUCUGAAGAAAGUUCCCCAUUCGCUCACAGCUGCAGAGCUGGUGCAACUGGCUGAUAGCACGCAUGGCUACGUGGGUGCAGACUUAGCAGCCUUGUGCAAGGAAGCAGGUUUGUACGCACUGCGGAGAGCUCUGGGGAAGCGAGCUAACCCCUCAGACAACGAGGUGGCUGGGUCAGUGAUGAUUGCUUUCAAUGACUUCCUGCAAGGGAUGAAUGAUGUCAGGCCCAGCGCCAUGAGGGAGGUGGCAGUUGAUGUGCCAAAAGUAUCUUGGUCAGACAUAGGAGGACUAGAAGAUGUCAAGCUGAAAUUGAAGCAGGCAGUUGAAUGGCCUCUCAAACAUCCCGACUCCUUCAUCCGAAUGGGGAUUCAGCCUCCCAAAGGUGUGCUGCUUUAUGGACCUCCUGGAUGCUCAAAAACAAUGAUAGCAAAAGCUUUGGCUCAUGAAAGUGGCCUCAACUUCUUGGCAGUGAAGGGACCUGAGCUGAUGAAUAAAUAUGUUGGUGAGUCUGAACGAGCAGUGAGAGAGAUCUUUAGGAAAGCCAGAGCGGUGUCUCCUUCAAUUCUUUUCUUUGAUGAAAUAGAUGCGUUGGCAGUUGAAAGGGGAAGCUCUUCAGGUGCUGGAAAUGUAGCAGACCGUGUCUUGGCUCAGUUGUUAACGGAAAUGGAUGGGAUAGAGCAGCUGAAGGACGUGACAAUUUUGGCAGCUACAAACAGACCGGACAUGAUAGACAAGGAAUACUUUGUUUUAACUAAAAGCCAGGAGAUGGAGAGGGAUGGCGUAUCACAGAAUAGGUGGCCCAGUCAGGGGAGAGAUGGGCUUACACAGAGAUGAGCUGGGUCCUGCAGCAUCACUGAACCGAGGCACCAGCGAUACUUGCAGCCAGAAAGGAUGAACAGAUAGCACGUUGUGGAAACCACUCUGUCAACUCCACCUGCUUUACUUUCAUGUGUUUAUCAGCAACAUCUGAAAGCUCUGUGGGUAACGAGCUGUGGUAGCCACCACAGGGAGGAUUUUUAGACACUGUGAAGGCUGAGAGGAAGAAUAUUAUACAUAUGUGUCCCUGCAGAGUGUUAAGGAACUCCCAUGGUACAGGGUUGGAAGAAAAGAAAUGUAGAACAAGCAGCACACUUGUGUUCAUAUGGCAGUGUUAGGCUGGUAGAUACUAAACCCAAUAAAGCUGUUUGUCCUGACCCUAAAUGUAAAGAAAAGGUCUAUGCUGUGUGAGACAGUGCCCCUCAGAGUAGCAAGUUGUGUGAUUAUAGAAAUUGUAUUAGUGAGAAACCAUAAAUGGGUAUUUAAGAUAUUUUUUAUACUAUUUUUGCUAAGGCAUAAAGGAAAAAAAAGUUCUGAUAGUUUUGUAGAAAGAGUUCACUUAUAGAAUAACAGAGCAAACUUUCACCAAUCUGGAAAAGGGGCUUACACUAAUGUUUAAAGGGAGUGGAGAAUCACAUUCGUGUUGGUAUAAUGCUCAUCAUGCUUCAUCCAGGCCACACAGGCUACACCAGUGCAAUAGUUGCACAUUUUCUUCCCCAGGGGAAAAAAAAAAAAAAAAAAGACUGACACCAGAAAGUGUGUGUAUUAUGAACUUCACUUAGUGGACAGUUUUCAGUCUGGGUUUAUAGUGAUGCCCAUGAGUCUGUCAAAUUUUAUUAAAUCAAUUAAUAUUUUAUAUGGAAUAUUAGUUCAACAAUGUAGUACAAUAACUAAGUGUCCUCUUUGCAUAGCUGUAUCGUGACUGUACUGUAAUUUUUAAUGCAUGAACUUUACAUGUUGUAUGCAGGCACAAGGCAAUCUUUACUUCCAGGUACUGAGAACAUGUUGGGUAUAUUUUUUUGUGACUAUGUUUUAGAUUUUCAAACCAAGAAAUGUUUGAGGAGUGCGUGCUUUGUGAGUUUUAAAUACUUGCAGAAUUGGUAAUAAUUGAUUCAAUCUUCAUUUAUGUCUGCUUCUUAAUGGAUAAAUAUGUGAUGAUUAAUCUUCUGCACUUUUGAGAAAAACACAUGGGAAUAUCACAUAUAAGGGUAUUCCCCUGAGCCUAGUGCAGACUUCGUCAUCCCUGCAAACACUACACUGUGUUGCUUUUGCAUGGUGAGUAGUUUUGAGUCAGCCUUUAUAGAGUUAUGUUUAAUUUUAAACUUGUUUUGACUUGUUACAAAUGUCUAUUAAUAAGAAAAUUUCUCUGAGAUGUCAUGAUUUAAUUGAAAUAUUAUUUCAACCUCAAGUUGUGUCCUGUGUUUGUAGCACUUAGCUACUUUGCAUCCCAUUCAUGUGAUGCUGAAAAUACUUGGGGAUAGUUUCCUUUAUUUUUGUAAGAAAACAAAACCAGCACAUACCGUUUUCAUCCUGUGUAUGAUGCAGGAAGAGCAGCUUCUACUAGAAGGGAGAUAUUCUGGAACAAGAUGUUCUGAACAUUCUUUGAAAGUGAUACAGAAACAAAACACUCUGAGUCAGUAAUAAUAGUAAAACUUCCCUUUUAUUCUUGAUUUAUUUAUUUAUUUUACUCUAGACGUAGAAUUGAUGAGCAAUAGUAGGAAAAAUAUUUUUAUUUUUGGUGACUUCUACAUUCAAGAGUGAUUUUUCAUGCCUAAAAAAAAUUUGCAGUAGUUUUAUGGAGCUGCUUGUGAUUCAGAGCUUUUCUGUAUUCAGAUAUCAGUUGGCCUAAGAAGAGAUUUCACUUGUGGCUACAAACUUCACAUAAAAUAUUUUGAGCACCAUGUCUAUUUUGAUUAGCUUGAAUUAAACGUUUUAUGCAGACAUACAUGGAUGAACUUUCUGGUGUAGUCCAAGAGAUUUCCAUGGAAGAAGACCUACGCCAGUUCAACAGGAUCGGGUGGCCUUUUUUUCUCUUGCAAUGGUUUUGCAAGACUUUUAACACUGGGCUUAAUUCUUGGAUGAGAAGGGUGAAUUGCUAUCAUUAUCUGCCCAUGCAGAUACCUUUCUCCUCUUCAGCAGCAGCGUAUGUAAUGAAGGAAGGGAGGCUGUCAGAUCCUCGGGGACCUUGGUGAAUGUUUCAGCACAGGAAGCAAGAUGCGUGCUGCUGCAGCAUCAGAUAGUUUUACCUCCUGCUGGGUCAAAUUUGAAUGUCAAACACAUUAGCUGAGAUGUAAAACACGAGGCGCUGAGUGAAGUGAUGGCCUGUGGUAUAGGAUGACAUCCUGGUGCUCCUGACAGCCCCACUUCUCCUCAUGGGGUGCAGAAAAGAUGUAUCCUCAAAUAUGCUAUUUGCAUAAGAAUGACAGGAUGUGAUAGGACAAAUGAAGAUUAACGAGAUGCUGUGCUGUCAGUGUUGCCCAUUGUCUCUAGAUUGAUGAUGGUCUGGAUUUCAUCGGUGUUCGUGGGCUCAAAUCAGAAACUGUACUGGUAGAGUGAAUACUGAAGAACUGGGUCUUUAAAAAUGCUGGUUUAGUGCAGGGGAGCUUGGCUUCUCAUCUUGAAGUAUCUUAAGUGCUAGUAUAAGAGCAUGUGCUCUGUGGUUUGUGCCAGCACAGAGGAUUUUUGCUGCCUCCUUUUGCACAUUUAUUUUGCUUUCAAAACCUUUAUACUCCCCAGCCUUUCUCCUCACUUUCUUUCUCUACCUUCACCCCCAAGGCUUGGUCCAUGCUGUUCUGCAGAGAAGCACCAGAGAAGAAGCUCUGUUGGCUUCAAUGUAUUAGUCACUGGGGGUGAAUUCAGCUUAUUUAGUUUAAGAAUUGUGUAGAUACUGAGUUGUCUGUUCUGCUUAUGUGAACAAAAUAAAACUGCAGCCUGUAUUCUUCCUAGCAACUGCCAAGUAUGGGGAAAGAGAAUAAAAGUCUCUUCCCCUGUGGUUCAUUUGGGUUUUGGACAAGUUCUUUUGGUCAGAAAAGUCAAACAGAGGUUCAACAAGUUGAUCUGACCCUUAAAACGUUGAUUACUGUAUAGCUUUGGGACAACCUUAACUUAAAGUGGCUUGUUCUGAUGAAAAUUAAAAAAAAAAAAAAAAAAAAAAAAAAAA